GACAGCAGCGGCAGCAACAGCAGAAGCAGCACCGAGGGUUGAGGGCGCCGCGGUGGGAACGGCCGCGGCUGGCGCCGCUCCUCCUUCGUUCUCCUCCGCGCUGGGUUGCGCGGCCGCGCAAGACCCACGCCCGGCUUUUCUCAUCCUACCGCGGCGCGCACUGCGGAUCUUGCAACGGGAGAGAGAGGGACGUUUUGAGGCUGCGACCCCCUCCUCUUGUUUUGUUGUUUUUAUUUUUAAUUUUUUUUAAAUUAAUAUUUUAUUUGGCAAUUUUUAUUUUUUCGCUCCCUGUUUUAUCCUUGCUCCGCUCCGGAGUCUUUUGCCCGUGAGAAGGACAGCAGUGCCCCCCAGGGAAGCCGGAACCCUGCGGAUGCGCCUCCCCGGACCGGGGGCGCUGACUCUCGGAGUGGAUUUAUUGACUCGCGGUUGCUUCCGAGCUCCCCGAAACAGCCCAGGCUGGUGCGGAUUGCAAACUGCAGGGAGCAGUGAGAGACACACAGGAGGAGCCUCCUGCUGAAGCUGUGUCCCUUUCCCCCAGCCCUCUUAUUUCUCCCACCACCACUGAUUUUCUUUUACGUUAUUUUACUCCUUUUUCACUCGAGCCUUAGACACUGUGAACGUGUAUGGCGCACUGGAUCCAAAUGGGAGUUGGCAGUUUGAGUGGCAUCUUCAAAGGCAGCCGGGAGACCCCCAGUAAAAGGAAGGACUGAGGCGUUUGCAUUUUAUUUUGUGUUGCUGCUGUUGUUACUUCGGAGGUAGCUUGGAUCUUACCUCGCAGGAGAAUUUCCUACAUGCGAGUGGCAUAUAUGACUCAGUAGAUCUGCUUUCAGCUCUCGCCAAGUGCAUCGUCGACUCUUCGCGUGUGUUUUAUUUUCUUUUUUUUUCUCCUUUUAAUCUUCCUUCUCUCUUCGAACCGUCCCGGUUGUUGGGAUACCGGGUACCCACCCUGCUGUUGCCGCUCAGGUGCGGGGAAGCCGCGCGGCGGAGUUGGCGAGGCUUCGGGGAGGGACUCGGUGCCGCCUGCGACCAUGGCAGCGCGGAGGCGAGACGCCUCCGCCUGGAAGUACUGCUGGGGAGUCGUGAUGGUUUUAUGCAGAACUACACUGGCGAGGUCCAUCGUUUUAGACCCCAUUUAUUGGAAUUCCUCCAACCCCAAAUUCCUUCCUGGACAAGGAUUGGUACUAUAUCCACAAAUAGGAGACAAACUGGAUAUUAUAUGCCCAAAGGUGGACUCUAAAACUGUUGGCCAGUAUGAAUAUUAUAAGGUCUACAUGGUUGAUAAAGACCAAGCAGAUAGCUGUGCUAUUAAAAAGGACAAUACACCUCUACUCAACUGUGCCAAGCCAGAUCAAGAUGUUAAAUUUACCAUCAAGUUUCAAGAGUUCAGUCCUAAUCUCUGGGGCCUCGAAUUUCAGAAGAACAAGGACUAUUACGUCAUAUCAACAUCAAAUGGGUCUUUGGAGGGCCUGGAUAACCAGGAGGGAGGGGUGUGCCAGACAAAAACCAUGAAGAUCCUCAUGAAAGUUGGACAAGAUCCCAACUUGGCGGGGCUGCCCCGGCACACAGAUCCCACCAAGCGCCCUGAGCAGGAAGCUGGCACCAACGGGAAGAGUUCCACCACCAGCCCCUUUGUGAAGGACCACUCAGGAUCUAGCACAGAUGGCAGUAAGGCGGGGCAUUCCAGUAUACUGGGUUCAGAGGUGGCCUUAUUUGCAGGGAUUGCAUCAGGUUGCAUCAUUUUCAUCGUCAUCAUCAUCACUUUGGUGGUUCUUUUGUUGAAAUACCGAAGAAGACACAGGAAGCAUUCACCACAGCACACGACAACUCUCUCACUUAGUACAUUAGCCACCCCAAAACGCAGUGGCAACAACAAUGGUUCUGAGCCCAGUGACAUUAUCAUUCCUCUAAGGACUGCAGACAGUGUCUUUUGCCCCCACUAUGAAAAGGUCAGCGGCGACUAUGGACAUCCGGUGUACAUAGUUCAAGAGAUGCCUCCUCAGAGUCCAGCAAACAUUUAUUACAAGGUCUGAGAAACACACAACCAACUCUGUGGUACAGUUGAGUCGUAGAGGAAACUCACUGGUCAAAUGCUUUCUGUUGGAGUUUGUGAUGACACCUUGUGCGCAAGCAUUGACUCAAGCACAGGGAGGGGAGAAGGCCACAGCUCUUUCUCCGGGAGCCAACGUGAGCUGGACAGCUUACCUAGUCUGUAGAAUUUCUAUCUUGGUGAAUAAGUAUUCACUAAAAGCUGGAAGACUUUUAUGUAGAAGAUGCCCAUUCUGAUUGCUGUACUCUCGUUACAUUCAUCAUCCUCAAAGCCAUGUGCUGCAGGCGUUCAGGCAUGUACAAAAGCCAAGGGAAGAUGGAGUGAUCUGUGGAUGUUAAUAGCUUUAGGCAUCCUAGGAAGGUGCUCUAGGAUAUAUCAAGCUUGAAAUGCAAUCUUCUGACUUUUGUGUGUCUCUCUCAGUGCGUACUGGAUUUGUCACACAGACCUUGGUGUCUGAGUAAGACUUGUUAAAGUUCUCUUGCUUUUAGUCUGUCACUGUUCCAUUUGUUUCUGUUAUCCAGGGCUCUGCCAUCCUUCACAUAAGAUUUCUUUUCACUCCACCUCCUGAAUCACUAAUGGAACAUUAAUGUUUGGAGAUCCACGCUCCAUCCAUCUGCUACAGCAGCCUCACUUGAAUGGGUAAUGCAUUUAUAGAAAUUGUGUUUGAUAAUAAGGAACCUUCCAGCCAAAAAGUUAUGCUGUCAACAAAGUCAAAAGCAGGACUGGGUGGUGGAGGGAAGGGCUGACUGCAGUGGCAAUUGAAUACUGCUGCCUCAAAAAUAAAAGCUGGGAAGUGAAAAAGAAAACAAAAAAGACAUUUAGGUAGCACAGCACUUUGGUAUGCUAAGUUUUAAGAGGCAAGUAGGAGACACAAUAACACGUGGGGGAUUAGGGCUGCAUUUGAAGGAAUUAAUGGUUAUCAAAUACCAGUGUGCAGAAACAAAAUAGUACCUUCAAUACAGUAGAACAAAGGGGUAUUGUUAGUAAGUGAACAAGCUUGGAGAGGACAAGACAAUAGCAGGCCGCUGUGAAUAUAUUGGGGCAGGGCUGUUGUGGUACUGGCAAUAAAAUAUACAGCUUUGAAGCUGUAGCAAAAAUGUAGUCUGCUUAGGAUGACUUUUAGGCAGACUCAGCUGCUAUACUAUCACAUUAUACUCAACACAGGGAAAGCAUUUAAGAAAACAGCAGAGAGCCAAAUCUGACCAAGGUGGUUAUAAGCCAAUGGGUCAAAUGAGCUGUCAUUCUAUUACUGGUGAAGUUGUGGGGAAAAAAAAACCAAACCAAACCAUCUCUAAAAAUAAGCCAGAAUUUCUUUCUGACUGAGCCUUUUGACACUUUGGUUUAUUGUAGUGCUGUCCCUGCACAGCAAGUGUAGGUACUGUGACUGACACAGCAGUUCAUUGGUGCUCUGUUGCAAAGUUAAAGCACAUAUGGCAAACCUCUUGCAGUCCGUAAGAAUCAAAUAAAUUAUGACACUGAGAUGGAGAAGAAAGCUAUGUCUUAUUUAUAAUAGGUGUAUAGAACACAAGGGAUAUAAAGUGAGAGAUUUUCUGUCGUUUGUUCUUUCUUUUUUUUCUUUUUUUUUUUUUUUUU